CUGCCUUCGAAGAAUUGUUUCCUUUGAUGGGCACCGUGAUGUGAACAUCAGUAUCCGACUCCUCCCACGUGUAAUCUUUGAUGGCGAUGGGCAUUUUUUGAGGUUCCAACUUUCAAAUUCAAUGGGGUCAAUGAGUCAAGAGGCCGAGGAUGCAAGCCUUACUGAGCAGUCUGAUAUCCUAUUCAUCCCACCAUUGUACGAGCAGCGUUAUCAAGAGGUCACAAGGAUUUCCAGGGAAUGCCAACCAAAGAAGGUGGUGGAUAUCGGCUGUGGAGAACUCAAGGUGGUGCGUUUGCUCAAGUUCCAUCGGUACAUUCAUGAGCUGAUAGGUCUUGACGUUGAUGGAGAUCUUCUGAAGCAGCACUCAUACCUGAUCAACCCUUUAGCGUCAUCAUACCUCCACCCCCUACCCCACCCUCUGGUCAUCGCACUACUACAUGGGUCUAUAACAGAGAGGGAUAGUCGUCUUCUCAACUCGGACUUGGUGGUCUGCGUUGAAGUAAUUGAGCAUCUUUACCCAGAAGAUCUCUCUGAAGCCACAAAGGUCAUCUUCGGUUACAUGAAACCAACGAGGGCGGUCUUCACCACACCCAACGCAGAGUUCAACGUUCUUUUUCCAGGAUUUCAAGGUUUCCGACAUGAUGAUCAUAAAUUUGAAUGGACAAGGCGGGAAUUCCAAGAAUGGGGCAAUGCAAUAUGUGCCGAGUAUGGUUACAGAGUGGAGUAUUCGGGCCUUGGAACUGGGCCAGAAGGGAGUGAGCAUCUUGGGUUCUGCACUCAGGUGGCCAUCUUUGACAGGAUAUCACCAAGCAAGGACUGUCCCGUAGAACCAAUAGAUGAGGAUCUACAGCCGAUCCCAUAUGUAGAGGUUGCAAGAGUAGAGUAUUUCAGUAAACAGCUAAGCAAUGAGGACAUAGUGGCUGAAGCAGAACUAAGGGUCAGGCAGGUCCUCAAGAAUGCACAGAGAAUGAUGGAUGAUGAGGAAGGAGUAUUUGAUAAUGCUAGUGAAGAAGAGGAUGAUGAUACCAUAAGAAAAUGGAUGGAAAACAGUCUGGCUGCAAGAGCUAGAGAAAGACAAGAAUGGGAAAGAGGGGGACAAAGUGGUGUAAGGGAAGACGCAGGAGGAGGUGGAGGCAGCUCAGAGUUAUGUGCUGAAAGACAAUGUUUCCUUUCAAGAACUGCUGCAGAAAGUGGCUGUUCGGACAGCUUUACAAGUGCAAUGGAAGAGACCAAAGAUACCUUGCAAUCAACUAGUGUGUGCCAUUUCAGAAACAAAGUCAUCAAGAUAGAUCCUAUUGAGAAGAAUUUAUGUGACACUCUACCCUUUUCUUGCCAAAAAUCUCAGGAAGCUUGUACCAAAGUUGUGUCAGACUUGCCAAAUGUUCUUGAUGCAGUCAGCAGCUUAAACCUUGGGGAUAAUGAACCUACAGUGCAGCAUCAAGAUGAUGCUUGUCCAGAAAGCUCGUCAACCAUUCAUCACUUCACUGACAGUAUUGCAAAAGUGCAAUACAUGGGAAGAACCGAUUCUGGAAACAUUUCUGUUGGGAAUGUCCUUGACUCUGAAGAAUGUGCUUAUGUGUUAGGACGGCAAUCAAAGUCCUUUUCAGCCAGGGAUGUUGAGGGUGGCAACUCAUUUUUUGAGCAGUGGGAGAAAGGGUUUCCUCAGAGAGAGUUAAGCUAUGACCUGGAGGAGUUGAAGAUUAGUAUAUCCCUUGAGAGGCUGAUGAGGUUCCAAACAUUGCGGGAGAUGUGCCCAGAUAUCACCAAGCUCAGAGAGGUCCUUCUUGCUAGAGGAAAGUUCCAAUUCAGCAGUGAUGGUGGUGCAGUCAUAGCUGAUCUUUACGCGGACAACGACAGCAGUGAUUCUGAGCUAUGGAAAGCUGGGUCUGACGGAGACUGUGGGGACUCUGAUGCUCACAGCGUAGACUCUCAAGGCGAAGACGGAAAGCUCCCGGGCGUUGGAGAUAUCAUCGAGGAAGAAGAAUGCUGGGACUAGAGGCUACAAUAUAUUCUGGGUCUGAUGGAGACGGGGACUCCGAUGCUUGCAGUCUAGACUCUCAAGGUGACACGGAAAAUGGAAACCUUCUGGGCGUUGGGGUUAUCAUUGAGUAGGAAGAAUGCUGGGACUAGAGGCUACAAUAUAUUCACCACAAGUUGAGCUCAAUUUUUCAAGGCUUUGGCCCAUAUUAUUGUAAGUGGCUCAAGUUCAACCUAGCCUGUUCCACUGCUUUAUGGAAGAGCAAGUGUCAACCCCAAAGUUCUGUAUACAUUACGUAAAACAAAAUAAAUCUGGUCAUGAAAAAAGAAGAGGAAAUAACCUAAAUAGUGACAAGUUUUUGUAAUUUCAUUUAAUAUACAAAUUUAUGGCAUUUUUUGCCAUUAUCUGUACAGAUGGAGAGAUUAGCAUCUGGCAAUACAUGUAUGUGAAAUUGUGGAUGAAAUCUAUCACUUACGCAGUAUUUACACUUGCCCUAAAGUUAGUGGGCUUUCAAGAAGAAGGCCUACGACUCUACAUUCCAAUUAUGGUGCCUUAUAUGUUUGACCUCAUGUUUUAGAGCAAUAAUCUUCUCUCUCAUCUUUCUAGCAUAUAUGUGAAGUUAUUUCAGAUGAAACUACACAUACUUCAUUUGUGGAUUAUAAUUAUUAUACCAUACAUGGAUAUCUACAUUUUAAGAUAAAUAACUUUUAUUUUACAUACUACACAUGAAAGAACAGUCUCUCAUGGUAUGAUUUUCACUUUGUCAACAAAAUUUAUGUUGCAACUUUGUCUUUAUAUCAACCUUGAGUAAUAUAUUUUCUUAUGAUUCAUGCAUUUGAAGAACUGUGCCUUAUGUUUUUUGAACCCCAAACUAUGUACAUAGUUUUUGGAUGGAUUGUUUAUCUUACGAGUUGAAGGUUUUACAUUGCUAAAAUAACAUGUUGUAAUUUAAUCUGUGCAAAACAAGGAAUUUUAGUUUUUCAAGUGCCUAAGGUUGAGAUCUAUAUGUGUUGGUGUAUGCUGAAUAUUGAUAAAUGGAGAUGAGGCGAUUAGCCUAUAUAUAUUUGAAGAGAAUAAUGAGUUUGCAGCUGUCAGAAUGGGGCAUUAAUUUUCCUUUUGUAUAGUCUUCCAAGUUCUUCCAGAAUUGAAAGUAUUUAUGUACUUACAUUGUGUUCAUGCAAACUGAAUAUUACAAGAUAGGUACAUUGUUGUAUUUCAAAUUUGUGUUAUUUUGUACUUAUUGUUUAGUUUUGUUUUUUAAAGACUGGUUUUAUCCUGGUGCUAUGUAAAUUGAAGGUAAAACAAGUUAGAAUUUUUCCUUUCCAGAUACCAAUCAGCUUGUUUAUUACUUACUGAUGUUUCGUUACAAAAGGAUGUAUGAUAAGUUAUUUUUAACUGUUUUUUUUAUAACAAUUAUCAUGAUAUAUUACUGUCAUUUAUUUCAUGCAUUUCAAAGCAUUUUAUUUUGAAUAACUCGAGUCAGUUGCAUUUUACGGAAAAAUAAUCGUAUUUCUAAAAGGUCUUACAGGCUUAUAGCCUGUUCCAAUAAAUUUGUCAUACUUAUGGCUUAAAGAUUGAGGCUAAUAACAAAAACAAAAGCAAUUUAAAAGAGACUGCCGAUAAAUUAGAACAAUAAUACCUUCUCAAACCGAUUCCUGCACCUUGGGGCGUUUCAUAAAGCUGUGCGUAAAGUUACGUGUGACUAUACAAAUGAUUUGAAUAUGAAGAGCCAAAUUGGAUUGCCAAAUCCUUUUAAUUGCAUAUGCUAAAGUUGAUAUGCAGAUGCAGAUUAAUUUUAUCAUCAUUUAUUAACAAACAUUUUAAUGCAAAGUGUAUUUUUGGCUACAAUUUAAUUGAGAUUACCCGUAUGUAAAAUACAGUCACACUCUGUUAAAAUGCCUGGAAAAACUUUGGGCAUCGCAUUUUGCUCUUCAUAUUCAAAUUAUUUGUAAAGUUAUUCGUAAAUUUACGCACAGCUAUAUGAAACAACCCCCAGCUGUGACAAGACGUGUCCAUCCCACAUCGGGCUCGUCAGUCACUAGCUGGCUUGCACAGACCAGGUAAUACCUUAAUAAAUCUGCAUUUGUGAAGAAAAGCCACUCAAUCAAUCAAUCACUCAAUUAUACUUAUGACCCAACACUACCCAUGAAAUAUCACUUGUACUGGACAUAGGAGCACACAGGAAAUGUUGUAAUUUGUGGUAAACAUUCAUCAUUUAUUGCACAAAUAAUUUAAGUGCUACUUUAACAUUGUAUUAUGUACACAAAUUGGGUUAAUAUAACAAAAAUUACACAGUAAAGUAGAGAAAGAAAAUAGGAAAGUGGUACUUAUUUAAGAAUUCCUCUAGAUGUUUUAUUAAAUAAUGACAAGAUCAAGAUGUGUCAUUUAGUUUUUAAAUUGUUUAAUUGAAAGUUUUCAUAUCUAUAAAAAAAGGAUGGUGGAAAGAAUGAGAAUCUGAUGCAUUCAAUUUCAUAGUUUUUGGUUUAACCAGAUUUUCUGUUUACGCACACAUGUCUAACAUUUCAACAACCGUUGAAGCACUGUGGCAUAGUUGUCCUUUCCUUGAUUUUAAUGAGCCCGAGGGGUUAAAUCCCUGUGUAUCUCUCGUUUUUCACAUGCAAAAACUAUAUAUUUGGGGGAUAUUUUCUCAAUAUUUUUAGGGUAUUUCCUAGAAAAUUAGACAAAUUUUUUCUUCUAUUUUCUUAUGGAAAAAUAAAAUAGACAUAAACAUACAUUAACUCAGGAGCAAAAAUAGACGAAAAAUAUUUUCAGAGUUGAAAAAUGUAUUAAAAAUAAACAAUAUCUCUGCUGUUUUUUCACUAGUUUUUUAAUUUUUCACUAGUUUUAGACUAUUUUAGUUUGAUUGAUGUAGACUGUAGACACAGCAAUAUAUCUGCAGAAUCCCUCUUAACCAGGUUGGGAUAAAUGGUAGGACAUGCAUGUAUUCCUUGAAAUGUUUGUGAGCCAGUAAUAACUACCGGUACCAAUUAAUGUGUGCUAUUAAAAACAACUGAUGUCGUUAUUAUAUUUUA